ACUGGUUCCCUUUUGCAGAAGGUGAUUUUCAUUUCCUGGUAAGGCAGAACAAAUUCCACCUGUGGCUCUUUUCACCUUUCUGCAGACAAGGCAGGUGGAUCUUGGAGCGGCUCUGGGUAGAUGCAACCAGGAAGUCGCAGCCGCCUUGCCUGGACAAGCAGCCAGCCAGCCGCCCACACUCCUGCUCAGAGUUUGCGCCAAGGAGCUCCGGAUACCUUCCUUGCCCUGCCGAGAACGGGCCCUUUCCUGCGCUAGGGGGGCGAGCAAAACACGUUAGCCUGGAGGACUCGGCUGCUUUCUCAAGGUGAGUGUUGCUGGCUGUCGUUUUCCGCCUGCACGGAGGGAACAGAAAAUUGGUUUUGGCUGGAAUGAAUGAGACAGAGCUGGCAAGCCCAGAGAUUUGGCCUCUCCCUACAGAUCUGGCUGGGUGGCGAUGAAGAGACACUCUGUGCAUGCCCAGGGCUGGUUUGUUUUCUUCAUCUCCUCCUCCUCCUCCUCCUCAGGGUGCUCUUUCCUGUCCUGUUUUUACCUGGCGUGUUGUUCUGAUAAGACAGGAACAUCCCUGCUCUUCCUCCUCAGCUGAUAAAAUCAUGGCUGUGUCUUCUGGCACAUUCUCAAUAUUGUCGCUGCCUUGAACUGAGUCAGAGCGCUGCUCCAUUGAGCUCAGUAUUCUGAGACUGGCAACAGCGGCUCUCCAGGGUUUCAGGGUCACUGCCAGCCUUACCUGGACUACCCAGGGAUCAGACAGGGACGUUCUCCAUGCAAGGAUGCUCUUUGUUGUUUAGUCGUGUCCGACUCUUCGUGGCACCAUGGACCAGAGCAUGCCAGGCACUCCUGUCUUCCACUGCCUCCCGCAGUUUGGUCAAACUCAUGCUGGUAGCUUCGAGAACACUGUCCCACCAUCUCGUCCUCUGUCGUCCCCUUCUCCUGGUGCCCUCCAUCUUUCCCAACAUCAGGGUCUUUCCCAGGGAGUCUUCUCUUCUCAUGAGGUGGCCAAAGUCUUGGAGCCUCGGGUUCAGGAUCUGUCCUUCCAGUGAGCACUCAGGGCUGAUUUCCUUCAGAAUGGAUUGGUUUGAUCUUCUUGCAGUCCAUGAGACUCUCAAGAGUCUCCUCCAGCACCAGAAUUCAAAAGCAUCCAUUCUUCGGCGAUCAGCCUUCUUUAUGGUCCACCCCUCACAAAAAUGCCAGGGCUACUCUUGCAAUAAGAACUCUCCCGUGGGAACAGAUCAAAAGCCCAUUGAGUCCGGCAUCCUCUUUCCUACAUCAGCCAACGAGAUGCCUCCACAAUCUUGAGGUGCGGCUGUGAAUUCGAAAGUUUCGCUUUUGCUUCUGAUUCACCCAGGACCCAGCCUUUGACAAACAUGGUGUUUCAGACAGCAGUGCCCAUCAACCCCAGGCAGCAGAAGGGUCUAAGCUCGUAGCCAGUGGCUCAUCUUGUGGCAGGCAGUUCCACAUGGUGUCCCCCCCCUGCCAAUUUUUAAAAUUGAUUUUACAAAUUACAACCAAAUUAUUGCCAAAUUAAUGUAGUUUUAUUUAAGUGGCUUCCCACUCGCCGUUGUCGAUGUGUCCUUCGCUUUCGAUGUUACCGCGCCGAAUAUUUUAAAUUACCUCCAAUUCCACAUGUUGCCCACGUGUGACGUUUCUCACACUUAAAUAGCGUUCUGUCUUAGAAAGUGUCCAGUCAUCCCACUCCGACAGGUUGUCACUUUGCCAUCUCAACCAGGGACAUACGCCACAUAUAUGAAUCUCAAGUACCACUUGCGGCUAGCACCCUCGUCGUAUUGUUUUACAUCAUAGAUAGCAACUGGGACAGAACUGCUUGGUGCAACAUUAAGGUAGAUCUGGUUCAGAUUUGGUGCUCACCUGGAGCAGAGACACAGGUGGAUAACAUAGGGAGAUGGAAGCGAGGCAGUCCUUGCUGGCUACAUAGCAAUUUCUCUCCUGGCGCUGCGAUUAGAGAAGCAAAUUGCGCCUCGUCUAAUUCCCAUCUCUCUUUAUUAAUCCCUCUGAACCUGGUGGGCUGUGGGGGGAAAGGAGCACACUGAGAGCAUCCAAUAACACGUUAGUGAGAUAAUUUAAUGUAAUUUCCUGCCUCUCAGGCAAGGCUUGGCAUUCCAACUGAGGCCUUGGAGCUGGGAAGAAGUCUUCGCCCUCAAUCGUCCCCAAAUAAGAGGGGCAAAAGACACAGGUGGGCCCAGGGCUGUCUUAAGCAUGUGCGGCGCAGGGGUGCAAAGAUCUGCCUGGCUCCCCUGGACUCAACUCUUGGGCCCUGGACCCUCAGCCUGGCGCCCCUGAGAGCCCAGCGCCCAUGUGCCCCACACCCCUAGUGCCUAUGGAUAAGACGGCCCUCUUUUCGGCUAGUAAUCCCUAAGGCCACCUCAUUCUUUGAUCUGCCCCAUGCGUUCUGUCCACACAUGAGCCAGUGUGGCCUAGUGGUUAGAGUGUUGAACAAGGACCUGGGAGAUCAGGGUUCGAAUCCUCUCUCAGCCAUGAAGCUAACUGGGUGACCUUGACCCAGUCACUCACUCUCAGCCUAACCUAUCUCACAGAGCUGUUGUGAAAGGUGAGGUAUAAAUUCAAUAAACAAGUAAAUAGAAAGGAAAAUAUCAUAAUGUUGUUGUCCAGUCCAUGGCACAACUGCACUUGGAAUACUGUGUACAGUUGUGGUUGCUGCACCUGAAAUAAUAAUAAUAAUAAUAAUAAUAAUAAUAAUAAUAUUGUAGAGCAGGGAAAGGUUCAGGAGAGGGCAACUGAAAUGGCCAAAGGGAUGGAGCAAGUCCUCUAGUGGGAAAGGCGGCAGCAUUUGGGGGGCUUUUUAUUUCAGAAAAAAAUGGUACAUAAAAGGAGGGACGAGAUUAGUUCAUAAAAUUAUGCACGGCCCAGAGAAUGUGCAUAGAAAAGCUUUCCUCCUCUCCGUCAUAAAGCUGGAAUGUUGGAAGGUACAAGACAAAAUAAAGGACUUCUUCAUGGAGUGCAGAGUUAAACUGUGGAACUCCCUGCCACAGUGAUGCCCACCAACCUAGAUAGCUUUAGAGGAGGAUUAGACAAAUUCAUGGAGGAGGGGAGGGCUCUCUGUGGUUACUGGUCACAACGGCUAUUUUCUCCCUCGACUCUUGGAAGCCGAAACGUGCUUGCUAGCAAUUAGAGGUGAGGAGAGCUCUGCUGUUGCACCCAAGUCUUGCCUGUGGACUUCCCAUGGACACCUGGCUAGCUGCCGUGAGAAUAGGAUGCUGGACUAGAGAAUCGGUCUCUUGUUAUAAUAAUAUAAUAAUUUAUUAUUUAUACCCCACCCAUCUGGCUAGGUUCCCCCCAGCCACUCUGGGCGGCUUCCAACAGAACACUAAAAUACAAUAACCUAUUAAACAUUAAAAGCUUCCCUAAACAGGGCUGCCUUCAGAUGUCUUUUAAAAGUCUGGUAGUUGUUCUUCUCUUUGACAUCUGGUGGGAGGGCGUUCCACAGGGCGGGCGUCACCACCGAGAAGGCCCUGCACCUGGAUCCGUGUAACUUGGCUUCUCGCAGCGAGGGAACCGCCAGAAGGCCCUCGGAGCUGGACCUCAGUGUCCGGGCAGAACGAUGGGGGUGGACCGAGGCCGUUUAGGGCUUUGAAGGUCAGCACCAACACUUUGAAUUGUGCUCGGAAACAUACUGGGAGCCAGUGUAGGUCUUUCAAGACCGGGGUUAUGUGGUCUCGGCGGCCGCUCCCAGUCACCAGUCUAGCUGCCACAUUCUGGAUUGUUAUGUCUUUAUAGGGUGAAGCACAGAUAGGAGGGAUUAAACAAGAGUUGGAAGGGAUUCUGAGAGACAUCCAGUUGAUCUAGUAGGAGAUGUUUCUCCUUGCAGGGUGAAGUUUGACAUUCUGUAGGGAAGUACAGGGCAGCUUAAUUUGUGAUCCUUUGACUAAUGGGCUUUUCCAACUCCUGGCAGCAGGGAGCUGCGGCCAAUCCCAGACAAUGUCCCUGUGUGAGAUGCGCAGCCAUAAUGCAUUGACUGUGUGCACACAUAGAGCCUUUUGCACCACUAAAAACACAUAAAGUGUGACGUGGACCCGGGGAACAGAGCAAAUUGCAGGGCAAUCCUAUUUAUCGUAUGUGAAUCCCGCUGAAUUCUUUGCAGCUUACUCACAAGGUGGCAGGUGCAGGAGGGCAGCCUGAGACAGCUUAGGAAACACUAAAUAUAAUAGUAGUAGUAGUAACAACAACAACAACAACAACAACAACUUAUUAUUUAUACCCAGCCCAUUUGGCUGGGUUUCCCCAGCCACUCCGGGCAGCUUCCAACAAAGUAUUAAAAUCUUCCCUAAACAGGGCUGCCUUCAGAUGUCUUCUAAAAGUCUGGUAGUUGUUCUUCUCUUUGACAUCUGGUGGGAGGGCGUUCCACAGGGCGGGUGCCACCACCGAAAAGGCCCCUGCCUAGUUCCCUGUAACUUGGCUUCUCGCAGCGAGGAAACCGCCAGAAGGCCCUCAGAGCUGGACCUCAGUAGAAUGGUGGGUUCUUUUUGAUGUAGGCAGUGGCAUGAAAUACUUGCUAACUGAGAAUCCCUGAGGUCAGUGUUCGGGAACAGCACUGGAGGUAAAAGCAGAAGGCAGCGUAAGGAUCCACCCCGAUGCUAUUCCUUUCCCCAUUUUGCUUUGGGUAUAAAUCCAUUAAUCUGCUGGCAGGCUGCCGUGUGGUCAUUCUGCACUUGGUUGCCUGGGCUGAAUUUUCUUGCACUGUCUCGGGCUCUUGGUUCAUCUAGCACUGUUGCCUACACUGGCUGACAGAAUCACAGAACUAUAGAGUUGCGAGGGACCCUCAAGGGGCAUCUAGUCCAACCCCCUGCGAUGCAGGGAUGACAGCCAAAGGAUUCCUGACAGCCAGAAGAUACUGUAUGUUCAGAAAUACAAUAAUAGUUUUGACUGUGCUAGCAUUCGAGUGAUAAAGGAAGUAAAAGGAGGUGGAUAACAAUUAAGGAUUUAUUAUGUUUUUCAGAAUGCAUUGGAAAAUUUAUAUAGAAAGGUUUAUUGUUUUGUGUACAUUUGAUUGUAAGAUAAAACAUAUGUGAAGGGACUUGACAGGAAGUCAAAAUUGAUGAAAAGAUUUUGUAACAUAAAAGGGGAAAAAUAUUUACUUUCAUUAUUAUCAAUUUUUGUGUGUGUGUCUGUACAUAUGUGUGUUUUUGUAUGGAAUGUUUGGGAGGAAAUAAGACGGUAAAUAACAAAUAAUCUAAAUAUUGAUGUAUGUAAUUUUUAUUUCUCGAUUGAGUUUGGUGCUAGUGUGGUUGUGGUGUUUUUUGUAACAUGGAAUCGUUAAAUAAAAAUUAUACAUAUUAAAAAGGGGGAUCCCUGACAGCUGGCCAUCCAACCUCUGCUUAAAAACCUCGCAGGAAGGAGAGCCCUCCGCUAAUCCAUCAGAUUCCUCUCUUUUGCCUCUUCACCCCUUUCUUCUGAUCCGACACCCGCAUUGGUUUGCCAGCCAGCCAGAACUGGGAGGGACAAGUAACAAGCCAAGGCUGCUCAGCUGCAGAUCACACACUGCUCCCUUGGGCUCACCCAAACCGGAUAGUCCUGUUUGUCGUGUGCAGGAGACGCCUCUUGGGUGACUUCAAAUACAGCCUCUUCUUCCUGGUGGGUCCCUGAGCUGGACUCCUCUCAGUCCCAGGAGGAAUAAAGGCCAUCUCUCUCUGUGGGUUAAACCACAGAGCCUAGGACUUUCCGAUCAGAAGGUCAGCGGUUCGAAUCCCCACGACGGGGUGAGCUCCCGUUGCUUGGUCCCUGCUCCUGCCAAUCUAGCAGUUCGAAAGCACGUAAAAAGUGCAAGUAGAUAAAUAGGAACCACUCCGGUGGGAAGGUAAACGGCAUUUCCGUGCGCUGCUCUGGUUCGCCAGAAGCGGCUUAGUCAUGCUGUCCACAUGACCCAGAAGCUGUACGCCGGCUCCCUCGGCCAAUAAAGCGAGAUGAGCGCUGCAACCCCAGAGUCGGCCACGACUGGACCUAAUGGUCAGGGGCCCCUUUACCUUACUUCUCUCUUUUUAAAAGCAAUCACAAUCUCCCAAGAAUGCCUGCUGGCCUUAACGCUUUGCAUCUGUGCCUCCUCCUCCUCGUCGCCUCUGUUAUUCCUCCAGCGCUGCUUUUCCUAAUCCCCGGUCGUCUUUGAAGAAGCAUGAGCAGGCAGCCAGGGCGUUUGUUCAUCUUUUUCUUCCAGGGACAUGUGUCAGGGUCAUAGGAUGGACAGGCUGAGAGGGAGAAAGCAAGAGUGGGGUGUCCAGUUUAAAGGUCCCACUUGGACGUUGGCUCUCCAGCCCUCAGAGUCCUAGAACUGCAAUUCUAAUAAUUCUAAUUCCAAUAAUAAUAAUAAUAAUAAUAAUAAUAAUAAUAAUUUAUUAUUUGUACCCCACCCAUCUGGCUGGGUUUCCCCAGCCACUCUGGGCGGCUUCCAACAAAGAUUUAAAAUACAUUAAAAUGUCACACAUUAAAAACUUCCCUGAACAGGGCUGCCUUCAGGUGUCUUCCAAAGGUCAGGUAGUUGUUUAUCUCUUUGACAUCUGAUGGGAGGGCGUUCCACAGGGCGGGCGCCACUACCGAGAAGGCCCUCUGCCUGGUUCCCUGUAGCUUCCCUUCACGCAAUGAGGGAACCGCCAGAAGGCCCUCAGCGCUGGACCUCAGCAUCUGGGCAGAAUGAUGGGGGUGGAGAUGCUCCUUCAGGUAUACAGGACCGAGGCCAUUUAGGGCUUUAAAGGUCAGCACCAACACUUUGAAUUGUGCUCGGAAACGGACUGGGAGCCAAUGUAGGUCUUUCAAGACCAGUGUUAUGUGGUCUCGGUGGCCGCUCCCAGUCACCAGUCUGGCUGCCGCAUUCUAGAUUAGUUGUAGUUUCUGGGUCACCUUCAACAUGUCCAGUUUAAAGGUCUCCAGCCCUCAUAAGAAUCCUAGAAUUGCAAUUCCAAGGCUGCUGUGGCCGACGUCUUUGAACCAUCAGGUUCCUGCGUCAACAAGGAUGCCGUUAGAUUCCUCUUGAAAGUCAAUAAUCUGGGAGACAGAAAUACCACACUCACCCUGCUGUAUCCAAACCUUUUAGCCACAGGUGCCUUUGAUGGCCAAUGGGGGUUCUCCACCACUGAGCCAUUAUGGGCUAGCAGACAGCCGGUAGGGGGUUGAGUGUUGGGCUGUGACCAGGAAGAGACAGGGUCUCACUUGAUCCUGAAGCCCCCUGGAUCUUGGGGGCCAGUCUCAAUGCCUCUCAGCCUAACCAACCGACCUCGUAGGGUUAUUGUGUGGAUGAAAUGAGGAGGGGAAGAACCACGUACAUCGACUAAAAUAAAAUAAAAUUUGCGCAGAUUUAAAACCUUCUGUUGGCCUGUGCUUUAUAGAACACCCUCCCACCAGAUGUCAAAGAGAAAAACAACUACAGCGGUACCUUGGGUUACAGAUGCUUCAGGUUACAGACUCCGCUAACCCAGAAAUAGUACUUCGGGUUAACAACUUUGCUUCAGGGUGAGAACAGAAUUUGUGUGGCGGCAGCGGGAGGCCCCAUUAGCUGAAGUGGUGCUUCAGGUUAAGAACAGUUUCAGGUUAAGAACGGACCUCCAAAACGAAACAAGUUACCACAGUACCAGACUUUUAGAAGACAUCUGAAGGCAGCCCUGUUUAGGGAAACUUUUAAUGUUUAAUAGAAUAUUGUAUUUUAAUAUUCUGUUGGAAGCCGCCCAGAGUGGCUGGGGAAACCUAGCCAGAUGGGCGAGGUAUUGUUGUUUUUGUUUAGUCGUUUAGUUGUGUCCGUCUCUUCGUGAACCCCUGGACCAGAGCACGCCAGGCACUCCUGUCUUCCACUGCCUCCCACAGUUUGGUCAAACUCAUGCUGGUAUCUUCGAGUACACUGUCCAACCAUCUCGUCCUCUAUCGUCCCUUCUCCUUGUGCCCUCCAUCUUUCCCAACAUCAGGGUCUUUUCCAGGGAGUCUUCUCUUCUCAUGAGGUGGCCAAAGUAUUGGAGCCUCAGCUUCAGGAUCUGUCCUUCCAGUGAGCACUCAGGGCUGAUUUCCUGCAGAAUGGAGAGGUUGGAUCUUCUUGCAGUCCAUGGGACUCUCAAGAGUCUCCUCCAGCACCAGAAUUCAUAAGCAUCCAUUCUUCGGCGAUCAGCCUUCUUUAUGGUCCAUCUCUCAUUUCCAUACAUCACUACUGGGAAAACCAGAGCUUUUACUAUACGGACCUUUGUUGGCAAGGUGAUGUCUCUACUUUUUAAGAUGCUGUCUAGGUUUGUCAUUGCUUGGGCGAGGUAUAAAUAAUAAAUUAUUGUUAUUAUUACAGCCAUUAUAUUCCUGCCUAUUGAUAUGUAGCAACUGCCUUUAGCUGUUCUCUUUCCGGCACCCGCUAACAGCAUUCUUGUUCGGGCAAACCCACCCAGAUCCUUAGAAAGCUGGUGUGGGUUUAAUCUGUUUUAGCAUUUUAACUUUUUAUGUUUCGGAGUAUGCUUCUAAACCUUUCUUGUGAUACGAUACGAUAAUCUUUAUUGUCAUUGUCCCAUACAGAACAACGAAAUUGAAAAAAUCUACAUCAGACAUUCAAAAACCAUAUAUAUAUUUUGUAAACCUUGAAGGCUUUUCGUUUGCUUGUUGGCUUGCUUUUUGUUUUUUUGCAACCGAGCGGUAUAUAAAUUUUAUCAAACAGAUGAAAGAAACAAACCAUUCCUCUCUUUCCCCUCUCAGUUUCGCUUUCCUCCUUUUCCGUGUAUGGCUCCGUUGCUGGAAGAGAAGACAGAGACUGCAACCUCUCCCAGGCCCCCGUCUGCCCCCCAUGUGUGGGGCUUGGGGGCUGUGGCUUCCAUUGCCCCCCUUAUCUUGCUGCUGCUGCUCUGCUUUCCCUUCAAAAGGUAGGUGGCAGUCCUGGGGUGUCACAGUGGGGCUGUGUUCAGGGUCCUGGGACACUUAGGAGAACCUGGACACAGGGGGGUGGGUUGUCCCUCCAGGCUGGUGUGUCCUGCAACAGACAACAUGCCAUUGAUGCAGCAAUAGUGGUUUAGUUGUGGGUUUGUAAUAAUAAUAAUAAUAAUAAUAAUAAUAAUAAUAAUAAUAAUUUAUCAAUUAUAUCCCGCCUUCCCCAGCCGAAGCCGGGCUCAGAGCGGCUAACAACAGUAAAAAUUACACAGUUUACAUAAAAUCACAAUCAAUUACAUUCUAAUAUCCAUUCAGAGUCAAAUUAAUGGCAACCAUUGGGCUAGAUUUCUAUGAGGAUUACCAAAGGAGAGAGGGGGUCAGACUGUGCCUUGGCCAAAGGCCUGGUGGAACAGCUCUGUCUUGCAGGCCCUGCGGAAAGAUGUCAAGUCCCGCAGGGCCCUAGUCUCUAGUGAAAGAGCGUUCCACCAGAUCGGGACCACAGCACCGGGUAUAGCACCGGGUGAAUGUGAUCCCAUAGCAAGGACCCCGUAAGGAGUCUUGCCGUGGCAUUCUGCACCCGCUGGAGUUUCUGGGUCAGUCUCAAGGGCAGCCCCACAUAGAGUGAGUUACAAUAAUCAAGCCUGGAGGUGACCAUCGCGUGGAUCACAGUGGCUAGGUCAGGGCGAGAGAGGUGAGGAGCCAACUGCUUAGCUUGGCGUAGAUGAAAAAGUGCCGCCUUUGUUAUAGCUGCAAUCUGGACCAUCCACAUGUCAUUCUGGUUUAAUAGUUGUUCGACGAUGCCUCCCUGGUGUUAACACAUUCUCGCCACAACAAAGGCAGGAUCCCACCCACUUAUUAGCAUACAUGAAAUGAAGAAGUACAGGAUUCCAGCAGGAAUCCACAGGGCACGCUUUGACUGGAAGCAAAGCAAAGUCCAGACUUCGAGCGGUUAACUAAAGUCCCCAGUUACAUGUUUUAAAUGUGCAUUGGAUGGGAUUAAAAUGUAUAGUGUAGAUCACAGAAUCAUAGAAUUGUAGGAAAGUAGCCCAUCUAGGUCAGGGUUUCCCAAACGUAGGUCUUCAGCUGUUGUUCAGCUACGAUUCCGUUCAUCCCUUGCCGCUGGUCCUGCUAGCUAGCUAGGGAUGAUGGGAGUUGUAGUCCAACAAUAGCUGGAGAUUCAGGUUUGGGAAACUCUCAUCUGGGCUAACCUCCCGCAAUGUGGGAAAGUAUCAACUAAAGCAGCGGUUCUCAACCUGUGGGUACCCAGAUGUUGUUGGACUACAACUCCCAUCAUCCCUGAGCUCCGGCCUUGCUAGCUGGGGUGAUGGGAGUUGAAGUUCAACAACAUCUGGGGACCCACAGGUUGAGAAAGGCUUAACUAAAGGAUCCAAGACAGAUGGCCAUCCAGUCUCUGCUUAAAAACCUCCCCAGCUCCUUCAACCGUUCCUCAUCAGGCUUGGUUUUCAGACCCUUGAUCUCCCUCCUCUGCACACAUUCAAUAUCCUUCUUAAACCGGGGUUCCCAGAACUGGACACAGGACUAACCUGGGGUCUGACCAAAUUUGGGGCUUUUACUGCAUCUGAUUUGGCAGUCCUGAGUGAAACUUCUAAUGAAUUUGUAUGGACAACGUAGCCACUUACCCAGACGCUGGAUAGCCCAAGAGACUUCCAGAGUCAUGCUUUGAUUUCAGGGCCUCGGGGUCUGAACCGUGUUUUCUUUCUUUCUUUCUUCCUUUCUUUCUUUAAACUUUUAUUUUGCUUUAAACAGGUACAUAUAAAUAUAGACAACCAAAAUUACAAAGUAAAAUUCCUUAAUAGUAAUGGGGGGGGGGCUACAAAAAACUACAAAAAAUUUCGAAGCACAUGACACAGAACAUAAGCAACUAUGGGAAAGAUAAAAGAAUAGAAAAAAGAAAAACAGGGGAAAAAAGAAAAAGGUAAAGGAAGAUGAGCCAAAGCAGGAAAGCUCAUCUAUUGUACACUUCCGUCAAGCUCACAACAGAUCAUUAUUCUUAUCAAUUCUCUCUAUCUGCAUUCCAAAGGAAUCCCUCAUCUUGGUAUCAGGGAACAUUUCUCUAUGCGGUGUCAUUCUAAACAUAGCCAGAUCUUUCUUGUUGAGCCCUUGUCCCCUAAAUAAUUAUUUAAACGUUCCCAUUCUUCUUUCACCAAUUUUUUAGGUUUAUCUCUUAUUGGAUCUGUCAGCAUUGCGAGCUCCAAGUACUCGCACAAUUUGACUACCCAUUCCUCUUUAGUGGGUGUAUUUUUAUCUUUCCAGUGUUUUGCCACCAUAACCCUUGCUGCUGACGUUGCAUACAUAAAUAGCCUAGUUUUGUUUUUGGGAAUAUUAUCUGAAACCAUUCCUAGUAAAAAUUCUUCUGGUUUCUUGCUAAAUGUAAUUUUUAUCAAUCUCUUUAUCUCUUCAUAAAUCAUGUUCCAAAAUCUUUGUAUCUCUAGACAGCACCACCACAUAUGGUAGUAUGUUCCUAUCUGUUCCUUACAUCACUAGCAUUGAACCGUGUUUUCAAUGGCAUCGCAAGGAGCAUGCAGUAAAUCUCUUGACUCAAAAGCCGAGCAAUGUGUCUCUCUCUCUGUUGCAGGAAAAAACGGCAAUUAUCAACCCGAACUUUUAAGAGAGACCCAUCAGAUCUCAUCAGCGUGGUGAGUCCUUCCAGUGUCUGUCUCCAAGGGAGGUUUGGAAACGCCAGCCAGAUGCUUCCCACAUCCUAAGGCAGCCUUUGACAACCUGGUGCCCUUCAGAAGUUCUGAGCUAGAACUCCCAUCGUUUUCUUCCUUGUGAUGGUUGCGGCUGAUUGGAGAUUUGGCCCCCCAACAUUUGGCGGGCGCCAUGUUGGGGAAGCAUGGGGAGCCAGCUGGCAUUUGUGACCAGCAUGGUGGCAAGACUCUGAGCCCCCGCCCCAGUUAUGCCUUUGAUCUCUGAAAUCCAACACCCGGGGGGGGGGUUCACCAGAAUUUUAAGGAACAUUUGGUUUCCGAGCACAAUUCAAAGUGUUGGUGCUGACCUUUAAAGCCCUAAAUGGCCUCGGUCCAGUAUACCUGAAGGAGCGUCUCCACCCCCAUCGUUCAGCCCGGACACUGAGAUCCAGCUCCGAGGGCCUUCUGGCGGUUCCCUCCCUGCGAGAAGCCAAGUUACAGCGAACCAGGCAGAGGGCCUUCUCGGUGGUGGCACCCACCCUGUGGAACGCCCUCCUACCAGAUGUCAAAGAGAAAAACAACUACCAGACUUUUAGAAGACAUCUGAAGGCAGCCCUGUUUAGGGAAGCUUUUACUGUUUGAUGUAUUACGGUAUUUUGAUAUUUUGCUGGAAGCCGCCCAGCCAGAUGGGCGGGGUAUAAAUAAUAAUAAAAAUAAUAAUAAUAAUAAUAAUAAUAAUAAUAAUAAUAUUUGAGUGAAUGCCAUGGAUGUCAAUCCUCCUGGUCACGUUUCUCUCUCGCUCCCCCCCGCCAAUCUCUCCUCCACCCAGACCACUUGGAGAUUUUAUUAUUUUAUUCUACAGUCGUACCUUGGUUCUCAAAUGGAAUCUGUUCCAGAAGUCAGUUCGACUUCAGAAAACGUUCGAAAACCAAGGCACGGCUUCUGAUUGGCUGCAGCAAUUUUCUACAUUCAGUCGGAAGCCGCAGAAGCCGACUCAAGACUUUUGGCUUCCGAAAAACGUUCGCAAACCGGGAGCCAAAACGUUCGAGUCACAAGCUGUUUGAGAACCAAGGUACGACUGUAUUUGUUUGAGUCAGCCAUUUAGAAGUUUUAUUCCUUUAUAAGAAAGCACAUAAAAGUUGCCAUCCUCAAGGCACCCAGGUCCCAAGGUACACAGGGCUUCAAAAGUCAGAACCAGCAUCCUGACUUUUUGCUUAGAAACAGGCUGGCAGACCUGUUUUCUUUUUCUCUUCGGGUCUCUUCUCCUUUAGGGUGCUGCUGCGCAUUUGAGUUGUUUGGUACUCCUGCACUGUCUCUUAAUCAGUUUCUUAAGCUGCCUGUGAGCAUUGGAGGAGUUGGGAAUACAAAACAAAUAAGAAUGUGUGCCUUUCUGCUGCUCCUUUGAUAACCUAGACAGGUAAAUCAUUAACUCUUAGAGUCAACCUAGACGCUGCACGCGGCUUGCAAUCUGUGACCUUAACUACAGUAUUUUAAAAACACCAAUUGCCAGUGGUGUUGGGUCUGUGUGUGUGUGUGUGUGUGUGUGUGUGUGUAACCCUAGCAUGCAGUUAGGGGACUUUAACUAUUAGGGCCGCCCCCCACUGGGGUCCCAGUUCAGACACAUGUCUAUUUAUUCUGGCAGUUUUCAUACUGGAAAAAGAGAAGUCCACUUAAUGGAAACUUCCUCCUUAGCCAAUUUGACAGCAUUAAGGCCUUAAGUGUACAGUUCUGUGUGUGUGUGUGUGUGUGUGUGUGUGUGUGUGUGUGUGUAUAUAUAUGUAUAUAUAUAUAUAUAUAUAUAUAUAUAUAUAUAUAUACAGCCUUAACCUAGAUGGUGAAUGUGCAGCGCAUUCACAUCCCAAGAGGGUCUUGUUGCUUCCACUGCUGCAGCCUCCAGUUCCAAGAGACCCCAAACAUUACGUCUGCAGCGCAGCAGCUGGACUGAUGACUGGGAACGGCUGCCGAGACCACAUAACCACAUACUAUUAUGUUUAGUGUUUCCUAAGCUGUCUCAGGCUGCCCUCCUGCACCUGCCACCUUGUGAGUAAGCUGCAAAGAAUUCAGUGGGAUUCACAUACGAUGAAUAGGAUUGCCCUGCAAUUUGCUCUGUUCCCCGGGUCCACGUCACACUUUAUGUGUUUUUAGUGGUGCAAAAGGCUCUAUGUGUGCACACAGUCAAUGCAUUAUGGCUGCGCAUCUCACACAGGGACAUUGUCUGGGAUUGGCCGCAGCUCCCUGCUGCCAGGAGUUGGAAAAGCCCAUUAGUCAAAGGAUCACAAAUUAAGCUGCCCUGUACUUCCCUACAGAAUGUCAAACUUCACCCUGCAAGGAGAAACAUCUCCUACUAGAUCAACUGGAUGUCUCUCAGAAUCCCUUCCAACUCUUGUUUAAUCCCUCCUAUCUGUGCUUCACCCUAUAAAGACAUAACAAUCCAGAAUGUGGCAGCUAGACUGGUGACUGGGAGCGGCCGCCGAGACCACAUAACCCCGGUCUUGAAAGACCUACACUGGCUCCCAGUAUGUUUCCGAGCACAAUUCAAAGUGUUGGUGCUGACCUUGAAAGCCCUAAACGGCCUCGGUCCAGUAUACCUGAAGGAGCGUCUCCACCCCCAUCGUUCUACCCGGACACUGAGGUCCAGCACUGAGGGCCUUCUGGCGGUUCCCUCCCUGUGAGAAGCCAAGUUACAGGGAACCAGACAGAGGGCCUUCUUGGCACAACUAAACGACUAAACAACUCAACAACAACAACAACAGUUUGUCCAACUAUGUUCUCCACCCUGCACUCAAGGCCUGGAAAAAGUUUGGGAACCACGGAUCUAAUUCAUUAUUCUCUAUUCCAGAGGGUUCUUAACCUGUGGUCCAUUCCAUGCAUGGGCUUCAGGGGGUCCUUGAAGGAAAUCAGUCCCUAGUGCAUUAAAAAUAAACUGCGUCCAACAUUUGUGUGUGCAUGUGGUUUGUGCACACUUUUUUCCACGGAGGGGCUCUGCAGGCUCCAUCGCAUUCUCAAAGGGGUCUGUGACCCCAAAAAGGUUAAGAGCUACUGGUCUGCUCUGGUUGGCAGCAGAUCGUAUUGGGUUCGAAACAUGGUGUGUUGUCCCAGAUAUCGGUCAUCGAACCUGGGACUUUCUAUAUGCAAAGCAGAUGCUCUUGCUGUGAGUCCCGUUCCAAAGGCAUUAGGAGGCAUCAUUCUCCUCCCAGUGGUAAUGUGGGUCGGCUCCUCUGGUUCCUCCGUUCCUCAGAAAGGCAUGUUGAAGCUGGCAUUUGCCACUAAGUGGCAGCAUAUACUCAGCUCUGCGGUUUACCGUUCCUUUUGCUUGUGAUUAAGAACAGGACAGGCUAGAACAGCCAGAUGCCUUUAAAAUACACACACCCCAAGCCCACGAUGCAUAUAGGAAACUUAGAAGUUGGUGCAGGAGUCGCUGUUUGUGGGUGGCACCCACUUGCAUACUGCCAAAUGCAGCUUGCAGAGUUCGGUUUGGACCUGGGCUUUUGCACAAGGAACCCACUUUCCCCAAAGCUUUUUUGUGCACUAGAAAGAGUAAAAUAACAAUUGUUUGGUGUGAAGCCUUGCAAUCACGUACAAUCAUAGAAUUGCAGAGCUGGAAUGGACCCCGGGAGUCAAAAGUGCAAACAAACCGGGGCACCAGAGUGGCGAAGGAUCAUAUGUGGUGUGUUUUCCAGGAAGUAACAGAGCAAGAAAUGUACCCAUCUCAUUUUUAGGUGUCUGUCUCUUCUUAUGGCGCAAAGCUAUUCCACUCCACAAACAUCUAAAGAGCCAAUCGCACAGAAUGGUGAUAAGUGAAUGUUUGGUUAACAGCACAGCUUAAAUGAAGGCUGGGCAGUCUGAUUUAGGGAACAACUCGCUUUCUCCUGGCAAAUUUGGGCUCCAGGCUCAUUACCCCCUCAGCCUCUUCCUUUUGCACCAGAAGGAGAAGGCAAGCACCCCUGAAAUGGCCCUGGGAACAGCUGCUGCGCUUUGGAGCUCCAGUUCUGACUGAGCAUCCUUUGUUUUUUGCUCCAGAACCUCCCCCACAAAAAGCUGCUCUUUAAAGCUGAAUUGGAGCAAACAGCAGUCCAAGGAAAACUCUUUCUGCCAUGAAGGAAGCCCAGGUGUAUUUUGUCUGGAUGGAGCCACAGGAGACCUGCUUUCAGCAGCAUGCCAAGGCCCCAGAGGUGUCACCUUAUCCUUCAACUUUUUAAAUUUUUCUUUCAUUCCUUCUUACGCAGACGAGACUGGAAGACCGGAUGAGCCCAGCUGAGAAGACCUUUGAAGAUGGAGAGUUGCACAACAGUAAGUGGGCAUUUCUCCAUGCUUGAAAUGUGCUGUUUAUAAGAGUGACAUGUUAGCAUGUUGUCUUUCUGCAAUAGAUUCCAAGUAUAUCAAGUAAAGCAAUACAGUGGAACCUUGGUUCUCGAACUUAAUCCGUUCUGGAAGUCCUUUCAACUCCCAAAACGUUCGAAAACCAAGGCGCGGCUUCCAAUUGGUGCAGGCGCCCUGGAAACAAUAGCCUAUAGCCACAUCGGAUGUUUGGCUUCUGGAAAAAAAACCUUUCAAAAACCGGAACACUUACUUCCAGGUUUUCGGCGUUUGGGAGCCGAUUUGUUCGUCAGCUAAGCCGUUUGAGAACCAAGGUUUCACUGUAUUCAAUAAUCCAUUAGAAUAUAAUAGUACAGUAAACAGUACAAUUGCAUAUCUUCAAAUAAUAAACAAAGAGUUUCACUUAGCAAUUACAACAAUUACUAAACUGUAAUCAAUAAAAAUAAUGGCAAGUCACAAUGUAUAAAACCACAAUGUAUAAAACCACAAAACCAUGUGACAGGAUCAAAUUGAGAAACAAGGACACACUAAUUAUAUCAUCUAUCUAUCUAUCUAUCUAUCUAUCUAUCUAUCUAUCUAUCUAUCUAUCAUCUACCUAUCCUCUUUUCUCUCCCCAUGGGACCAGACCCAUGAAUGGAUCGGUUUGAUCUUCUUGCAGUCCAUGGGACUCUCAAGAGUCUCCUCCAGCACCAUAAUUCAAAAGCAUCAAUUCUUCGGCGAUCAGCCUUCUACUGCUUCUAGUGAGAGCCAGUGUGGUGUAGUGGUUAAGAGCGGUAGACUCGUAAUCUGGGGAACCGGGUUCGCGUCUCCGCUCCUCCACAUGCAGCUGCUGGGUGACCUUGGGCCAGUCACACUUCUCUGAAGUCUCUCAGCCCCACUCACCUCACAGAGUGUUUGUUGUGGGGGAGGAAGGAAAGGAGAAUGUGAACCGCUUUGAGACUCCUGAAGGGGAGUGAUAAAGCGGGAUAUCAAAUCCAAACUCUUCUUCUCUUCUUCUCUCAAAGUCAUGGUCUGGGAAAGGCUCCUAGGGCUGGAUGUUGGCGCAAGACAGGUGGUGAAAGCCUUUCUCAUCCACAGGAGCGUGAGAAAGUGUUUUGCUUGACACCCCCCAGCCCAUCUCUCCACACCUUUGGCCGGGAACUCAGGGCAGCCGGCAGCAAAGGGGAAAGCUCUCUUUCCUGCUGGAACAAUAGCCUCCCAUCUGCAAAUAGCUCGAGGCCUUGCAGGCAAACGGUGCGCCUGUUUCUGCACACACAUGCGCUUCCCUUCCAGUCCUGGAGUUGGUGUCUGAGGCAGCGGCUUCUCAGCUUUCAGAAAGUGAAAGCUCUUUCGGAUCAGCCCCAGACUCGUUUGCUUCGCCUACGAUUACGGGGAGAAAACAAAGGCCUCUGCUUCAAUGCUCCCAAUAGCUCAGAUAAUAUUCUUUGCUGCGUACUGACAGCAAAUGCACCAGGGUGUUCCAUAUCACAAGUCUCGAUGGCAGAGGGCAGAUUUCCCCACAGAUUUGCUCCGCUUAUAGAGCCUAAUCAGGGCAUCUCCUGUUUAAACCUGAUACAGUGGUGCCCCGCAAGACGAAUGCCUCGCAAGACGGAAAAACCGCUAGACGAAAGGGUUUUCCGUUUUGAAGUUGCUUCGCAGGACGAAUUCCCCUAUGGGCUUGCUUCGCAAGACGAAAAUACCUUGCAAGUCUUGAGAUUUUUUUUUCGCUUUUCCCCCCCUUUAUCUAAUCUGCUAAGCCUUUAAUAGCCUUUAAUAGCCUUUUAGCAACUAAUCCCCUAAGCCUUUAAGCCUUUAAUAGCCGCUAAACCGCUAAUAGCGCUAAUAGCGCUAAUCCGUCAAUGGGCUUGCUUCGCAAGACGAAAAAACCGCUAGACGAAGACUCUCGCGGAACGGAUUAAUUUCGUCUUGCGAGGCACCACUGUAUAGAUAAUGUUUGCUGAACCUAAGCUCUCAACUGAAACUCAGUGUAGACUCUUUCAGGUGAACUUUGCUAAACCUGAGCUGCUGCGCCGCCUUCUAUUUUGAUCAGGCAGCUCAGAUUUUGCAAGACUUCAUUGUUUCAGCAAGGCUGCAGUUUUCAGCAGACUUACUUGUCCAAUGCAACUCAGCAGGACUCUCUGAGUAAACAUGCAAAGGGGCCAUAUUGUAAGGAGCUAAGGGCUUAUUGCCACUUCCUCUUAUCCCGCUGCUCAAAAGUGUGCAAUCGGAGCAAAUGGCAAUCCGGGUUUUCUCUGUAUUGAUGUUUGUUCAGAUUUAGCACUGAAGAGCAGGUUUUCCCUGGGAACAGGAACAGGGCAAGGGGGAAACCACUCAUGCCCUAAUUUGGAUAGUGGUUUGCUUUGACUUAGCAUAGGGUUAGUCAAAUGGGUCAGUUCUGGUUUCUCUCAUAGUUCCAGUCUUCAUUUCCAUAUCAGUUCACUUUAAAAAAAAUAAAAAAAAUUGUCAUGCAAACUACUAGCAUUUUAGUGUGAAUUUUUCCAAAAUACAUAUUUUCCCCCAAAAGCAAUUUCCUGCAGUACAGGGCCGUCUUUACCUGGGGGUGCAAGGGGUGCAAGGCACCCAGGGGCUGAAUUCAGGGGGGGUGCCAAAUGUAUACCUACUGUAUACCAGUCCCUCUCGAUUGCCGGCAGUGAAAAGCAAUGGAGCGGAAGUCCCUCUCCCCCCGUCUCUCUGUUAGUCCGUAGCGUCAAAUAUUCCCGACGAGUAAGGAAACAAAAGCAGUUUUUCUUGCUGUGUCGUUGUUACAAGUGAGCGAUCCCCCCCAAAAGUUCAACAACUUUUUUGAGUUUGCCCCCUAAAAAGGCCAACAACUUUGGCUUCCCCCAUCCCAAAAAGCUCAAUAAAAGUUAAUUUGGGGGCGACUAAACUAAAUUUGGGGGCGCUAGGCGGAUCUUUGCACCCUGGCAGCACAUAUGUUAAAGACGGCCCUGCUGCAGUCUAGUACAUUUGUGUGUAUUAUUUUCACCAACAUGGGUCUUUCAAUGUACACUUCACCCCAGGAUAUGCCGUUUUCGGGUGCCGCUGUGGGUUAAACCACAGAGCCUAGGACUUGCUGAUCAGAAGGUCGGUGGUUCGAAUCCCUGUGAUGGGGUGAGCUCCCGUUGCUCGGUCGCUGCUCCUGCCCACCUAGCAGUUCGAAAGCAUGUCAAAGUGCAAGUAGAUAAAUAGGUACUGCUCCGGCGGGAAGGUAAAUGGCGUUUCCGUGCGCUGCUCUGGUUUUGCCAGAAGCGGCUUAGUCACGCUGGCCACAUGACCCGGAAGCUGUACGCCGGCUCCCUUGGCCAAUAAAGCGAGAUGAGCGUCGCAACCCCAGAGUUGGCCAUGACUGGACCUAAUGGUCAGUGGUCCCUUUACCUUUAUACAUCACUUAGCCGGAGAACUGCAUUUCAAGAUUUAGAGAAGUCUGCUUUUCAAAGGGCGCCUGAGUUUUUGGUCUGCUUUUUAUUUUGGAAAUAGCAAAUCGGGUUGGUUCGCUUUUAAGUGAGAACAGAACCCAAUUCCCUCCACCCCUCAUCCCUAACCUAGCAAGUCCCUUCAGCAAAGCUCCUCUGCUAAAUACCCCUUCACACACCUAUUUUUAUUUAGUCAAUUCCUUAUCCUGACUUCUAAAGUGAACAUUAUUUCUUCCAAGGUGGCAAGCACGUUUUUUUUAAAAAAACAAGGCCAAAUUAAAUGCAGAAGAACUGCAGAAACAAAACAGAACUGUAAAGGUCACGAGAACAAUAAAAACAGCAAUAAACCCAUAAAACACUGAAAGCAGCCGGCAAAUGAAAGCAUCCAGCCUUUGAAAGCCACAGCCAAAUAAAUCUGUUUCCAUGUGGUGCCUGAAAUAUGUAGGGGGAGGCCAUGUGCAAGGGGGCAUUUUUUUAAGAAGCAGAGAACCAGCACUGAGGAAGCCCAGUUUUCUGUUCCCACCUGCCAAAUCCCAUGGAGAUGGGAGGCAGGGAACCCUAAGAACGACUUCCUCGGAUGACCUUAAUGCCUGGGGCAUCUCAGGCGGAAGCGAGCAAUUCUUGGCUACUUCCAGGCAGCUGACCGGCUCACGCAAAACUUGCACAGGGGUUAAACGGUGUCACUCACUUACAGAGCAUUCCUCUUGUUACACACACCAUUGCAAGCUAGUGGCUGUUAUCCUUUCCAGCACCAUUUCCCAUCGCUGUUCUUACCAGACUUUUUGCGCUUCGGGAAGCGGCGGAGGGACUGCGCUACCUUGGAAAUGGGGGAUCUCUCCUUCCUUGGAGGUUUUUAAGCAGAGGUUUGGGGGGACGACCACCUGCCAAGGAUGCUUUAGCUGUGAUUCCUCAGCGGCUUUUGAUACCUUCGACCAUAACAUCCUUCUGGACCGUCUAGAGGGGCUGGGAGCUGGGGGCACUGUCAUACAGUGGUUCCGCUCCUUCCUCCUGGGGCGUGUUCAGAAAGUGGUGGGGGGGAUGAGUGUUCAGACCCCUGGCCCCUCACUUGUGGGGUGCCUCAGGGUUCCGUCCUCUCCCCCAUGCUUUUCAACAUCUACAUGCAGCCGCUGGGAGAGAUCAUCAGGGGGUUUAGGCUGGGUGUCCAUCAGUAUGCGGAUGAUACCCAGCUCUACCUCUCUUUCAAAUCAGAACCAGUGAAGGCAGUGAAGGUCCUGUGUGAGUGUCUGGAGGCGGUUGGAGGAUGGAUGGCGGCUAACAGAUUGAGGAUGAAUCCUGACAAGACAGAAGUACUGUUUGUGGGGGGACAGGAGGCGGGCAGGUGUGGAGGACUCCCUGGUCCUGAAUGGGGUAACUGUGCCUCUGAAGGACCAGGUGCGCAGCCUGGGAGUCAUUCUGGUCUCACAGCUGUCCAUGGAGGCGCAGGUCAAUUCUGUGUCCAGGGCAGCUGUUUAUCAGCUCCAUCUGGAACACAGGCUGAGACCCUUCCUGCCCGCAGGCUGUCUCGCCAGAGUGGAGCAUGCUCUAGUUAUCUGCAAUGCGCUCUACGUGGGGCUACCUUUGAAGGUGACCCGGAAACUGCAAUUAAGCCAGAAUGUGGCAGCUAGACUGGUGACUGGGAGUGGCUGCCGAAACCACACAACACCGGUCUUGAAAGACCUACAUUGGCUCCCAGUACGUUUCCGAGCACAAUUCAAAGUGUUGGUGUUGACCUUUAAAGCCCUAAAUGGCCUCGGUCCAGUAUAUCUGAAGGAGCGUCUCCAUCCCCAUCGUUCUGCCCAGACAUUGAAGUCCAGCACAGAGGACCUUCUGGCGGUUCCCUCCCUAUGAUAAGCAAAGCUACAGGGAACCAGGCAGAGGGCCUUCUCGAUGGUGGCACCUGCCCUGUGGAACGCCCUCCCACCAGAUGUCAAAGAGAUAAACAACUACCUGAGAUUUAGAAGGCAUCUGAAGGCAGCCCUGUUCAGGGAAGUGGCCAGCCGUAGUUUAACUACAUAUGUCAGGGGUGUCCAAACUUUUUUUCAAAGAGGGCCAGGUUUGAUGAAGUGAACAUGUGUGAGAGCUGACCAAAGAGUUGUUGACCUUAUUUAGGAUUGAAGUUGUUGAUGUUUUGGCAUUUUACCCCAAAGUUGUUGAGCUUUUCUUAGGAUAGAAGUUGUUGAGCUUUUUGAAGGAUUUCCCCCCCAGAAAAUAAACUGCUGCAGGGUCCACAUUAAACCAACUGGCAGGCCGGAUUAGGCCCCCAGGCCUGACUUUGCACAUGCCUAAAUGUGGUUCUUCCACUCCCACAUGUUGCCGCCGAAUCUCCUGUUGGCAUUGCUCAUGGCCACACGUUACCUCCUGGUGAUGUCAUAAGCCUUGCAAACUGGUUUCCUGAGCCUGACUACUAUGGUGGCGGGUGUGUGUGUGUGUGUGUGCCAGAAAGCGGCUGGCAAGCGUGGCUCUCUCUUCUCUAGCCAUGGGCGAGUCAGAAACCUGUCCCAUGGGAGUCAAGAAAACAGGGAGGUGUGUGCAAUCAGUUCCUGGGAGGCGAUGAGAGAUAAGAUAGCGAGAGGGAACAUCAAAACAACAUCUCCUGGCAGCUGAGGAAGGCAGGUGGAUCCUGGCUGGGAGCUUAUUCAAUUCUGACACAUUUAUUGAUUGGUUUUAUUCCACCAGCCCAUCAGUCAAUCGGUCAACUGACUUUUUAAUGAGUGUCUCAAGGCAGUUUGCAGACACGCCAUAAAAACAGUUAAUAUAGUUUUCGAAACCAUGCAAAAAAGGCAAACCGAAGAAAGGUUUUUUAAGCAAUGCAGGAUGAAUAUAUAAGGCUAGAGACCUUUCCACCCAAGCUUGUCUCAAAAUAAUAAUAAUUAAAAAAUGCCUUCAGUUGUUUGCAAAAAAGGACCGAUUGUGGGCACCCAUUGUUUCUCACCAGGGAUGGUUUUCCACAGAGUAGGGGCAACCACACAGAAAGCCCUGCUCAGAGUUGCUGUGGAGCAGGAGUCUGAUAUUUUAGGGGCCGGCCAGCGGGGGCGCACUCUCCUUCAGAACACUUCCCAUGAACUCAAUGGAACAUUUAAUAAUUGGGGGAAAUAAUAAGGGGUCAUAUUUCGAUGAGGAUGGUAUUGUGCAGACACUGUACAAAACUUGGAAGGCAGAGCAGGGCCGAGUCCACAGUAAACUGCCAUGUGGAAGUACAGCCAUACCUUGGUUGUCAAACGCCUUGGUACUCAUCCGUUUUGGCUCCCCAAUGCCGCAAACCUGGAAGUGAGUGUUCUGGUUUGCGAACGUUCUUCUGAGGCUUCCAACCAAGUGCAGAAAGCUCCUGCAGCCAAUUGGAAGCCGUGUCUUGGUUUUCGAACAUUUUCGGAAGUCGAACGGACUUCCAGAACAGAUUCUGUUCGACAACCAAGGUACAACUGUAUCUUACACAUUAUUUGGAAGUGAGUCCUACUGAUUUAAUGGAACGGCGGCCUGAACGACAUCACUUCCCAUUCCCAGACAUUUUAAUUCCUCCCUGAACCUGCUGCUUAGGUGCAGCUGCCUCUGUAGUUAAAGGCCAUCUCUGCCAGCAGAACCUAAUUCAGGGCAUGUUAUAGAUUGGGAUGUUGGGUAAUGACGACUCUGUGAAGUUCCACAGCUGGCCCACGUUUACAACGAAGCCUUCAAUCCAGCCCUGUAAUCAUAGAGCUGGAAUGGGACCUCAUGGUUCAUCUUCUCCAACCCCUGCAAUGCAGGAAUCUCAGCUAAAGCAUCCCUGACAGACGGCCACCCAACCUCUGCUUAAAAACCUCCAAGGAAGGAGAGUCCAUCACUUUCUGAGGGAGGCCAUUCCACUGGUGGGCGGAAAAUUCUUCUGAAUGUUUAGUCGGAAUCUACUUUCUUGCCAUUUGAACCCAUCGGAUUGGGUCCUCCACACCAGAGCAGCAGAAAGCUGGCUUGCUUCACCUCCCAUGGGACAGCCCUUUGGUUAUUUGAUGGUGGCUCUUGUCCCGCUUCUCAGGCCACUCUGAAGGAUCCAAGUAAUAAUAAUAAUAAUAACAAUAAUAAUUUAUUAUUUGUACCCCGCCCAUCUGGCUGGAUUUCCCCAGCCACUCUGGGCGGCUUCCAACAAAGAUUAAAAAUACAUUAAAAUGUCACACAUUAAAAACUUCCCUGAAGUCUUCUAAAUGUUAGGUAGUUGUUUAUCUCUUUGACAUCUGGUGGGAGGGCAUUCCACAGGGAGGUCACCACCACCGAGAAGGCCCUCUGCCUGGUUCUCUGUAACUUGGCUUCUCACAAAGAGGCAACUGCCAGAAGGCCCUCGGAGCUGGACCUCAGUGUCCGGGCAGAACGAUGGGGGUGGAGACGCUCCUUCAGGGAUACUGGACCGAGGCUGUUUAGGACUUUAAAGGUCAGCACCAACACUUUGAAUUGUGCUUGGAAAUGUACUGGGAGCCAAUGUAGGUCUUUCAGGACCAGUGUCAUAUGGUCUCGGCGGCCACUCCCAGUCACCAGUCUAGCUGCCGCAUUCUGGAUUAGUUGUAGUUUCCGGUUCACCUUUAAAGGUAGCCCCACGUAGAGCUCAUUGCAAUAGUCCAAGCCGGAGAUAACCAGAGCAUGCACCACUCUGGCGAGACACUCCGUGGCAGAUAGGGUCUCAGCCUGCGUACCAGGUGGAGCUGGGAGAUGCCUGCCCUGGACACAGAAUUGACCUGUGUCUCCAUGGACAGCGGUGAGUCCAAAAUGACCCCCAGGCUGCACACCUGGUCCAUCAGGGGCACAGUUACCCCAUUCAGGAUCAGGGAGUCCUCCACACCCACCCGCCUCCUGUCGCCCCAAAACUGUACUUCUGUCUUGUCAGGAUUCAGCCUCAAUCUGUUAGCCGCCAUCCAUCCUCCAACCGCCUCCAGGCACUCACACAGGACCUUCACCGCCUUCACUGGUUCUGAUUUAAAGAGAGGUAGAGCUGGGUAUCAUCUGCAUACUGAUGAACACCCAGCCCAAACCCCCUGAUGAUCUCUCCCAGCGGCUUCAUGUAGAUGUUAAAAAGCAUGGGGGAGAGGAUGGAACCCUGUGGCUCUGGGGGGAUGGUCAGGCAAGCACACUGCUCCCCCUCCCCAAGUUAAAACAGCCCUUUUGUGCGUGAAUCUGAGCGCUGCAGUGGGCUUCCCCCUGUUGGAGGGUCUCUCCGGCAUAAGUCCCGAGAUGCCUCUGCCUGCCGUGAGCGUAAGGCGAUUGGAAUCUAUUUAACGUGGAUUAUCUGCCAGAUGGGGAUGGUGGCUUUAAGGGGACAUCUGGGUGAUUCCGGCUAGGCUGGGGCAGGGGCGAAAUGGCGGCAGCCUGCCCCAACCUGGUGCCCUCCACAUGUUCUGGACAGUUGUGCUGGCAGGGGGGCGGUGAUGGGAGCCGUAGCCCCACGCAUCAGGAGGGCGUCUGGUUGGGGAAGACUGGGCUAUGCAUUGGGAAGAGAUUUCCCCAGAACAGAAAAGGGGCUUUACUUUCACCUCUCCACCCCCCACUCCCAGCCCAGCUUUCAGACCUUUUUGGUCUUUAUCCCUGAGUUCACAGAGAGCAAAGAGAACAAUCCCUUUAACUCCCCGCAGGCAGCCGUUUUUAAUUCUCGGGGCAGAAAGCUUGAGGCACAGACCACAUUGUAGGUGGAGGGUGGCAGGGCAGAGUUUCAUUUGGAUUUUGUUUCAGACACAUCAGAGACCCUGUAGUGUGGUUGUUGUUGUUUAGUCGUGUCCGACUCUUCGUGACCCCCUGGACCAGAGCACGCCAGGCACUCCUGUCUUCCACUGCCUCCCGCAGUUUGGUCAAACUCAUGCUGGUAGCUUUGAGAACACUGUCCCACCAUCUCGUCCUCUGUCGUCCCCUUCUCCUUGUUGCCCUCCAUCUUUCCCAACAUCAGGGUCUUUUCCAGGGAGUCUUCUCUUCUCCUGAGGUAGCCAAAGUAUUGAAGCCUCAGCUUCAGGAUCUGUCCUUCCAGUGAGCACUCAGGGCUGAUUUCCUGAAGAAUGGAGAGGUUGGAUCUUCUUGCAGUCCAUGGGACUCUCCAGAGUCUCCUCCAGCACCAGAAUUCAAAAGCAUCCAUUCUUCGGCGAUCAGCCUUCUUUAUGGUCCAGCUCUCACUUCCAUACAUCACUACUGGGAAAACCAUGGCUUUAACUAUACGGACCUUUGUCGGCAAGGUGAUGUCUCUGCUUUUUAAGAUGCUGUCUAGGUUUGUCAUUGCUUUUCUCCCAAGAAGGUGGUGUGGUUAGCCGUACUCAUAGAAUGGUAGAGUUAGAAGGGACCCUGACAAUCAUUUAGUCCAGGCACGUCCAACUCCAAAGAGACUGCAAUCUACUCACAGUAUAAAAAGACCAGCUGUGAUCUACCCAUUGUCGUUGCCAGGAGUUGUUCAGCUUUUUUUAGGGGAGGGUUGGCCAAAGGCGAUCACUAAACUUCAUCCUGCGAUCUACCUGGGACACCCCCACGUUCUAAUGGUAGAUCACGAUCUACCUGUUGGACAUGCCUGAUUCUAGUCAAUGGGUAGGCAAACUAAGGCCCGGGGGCUGGAUGCGGCCCAAUCACCUUCUAAAUCCGGCAUGUGGAUGGUCCAGGAAUCAGCGUGUUUUUACAUGAGUAGAAUGUGUCCUUUUAUUUAAAAUGCAUCUCUGGAUUAUUUGUGGGGCAUAGGAAUUUGCUCAUCCCCCCCAAAAAAAUAUAGUCCAGCCCCCCACAAGGUCUGAGGGACAGUGGACCGGCCCCCUGCUGAAAAAGUUUGCUGACCCCUGAUCUAGUCCAACCCAGUGCCUCAUCUAGUCCAGCAUCCUGUUCUCACAGUGGCCAAUGAGGUGCCCAUGUGAAACCCGCAAGCAGGAUUCGAACCCAAGGCCAACUCUCUCCUCCUGUAGUUUCCGACAACUGCUAUUCAGAAGCCUUGCUGCUUCCAGCUGUGGAGGCAGAGCUUUGCCAUCGUGGCCAGUAGCCAUCGUUAGCCCUCUCCUCCUCCAUGAAUUUGUCCAAUCCUCUUUUAAAGCCAUCCCAGCUGGUGGCCCGCACUGUCUCCUGUGGCAGUGAGUUCCACAGUUUAACUACGUGCUGCGUGAAUAAGGACUUUCUUUUAUCUGUCCUGAAUCUUCCAGCCUUCAACUUUGUUGGGUAUCUAUGAGUUCCAGUGUUAUGGCAGAAGGAGAAAAACUGUUCUCUCCCUUCUCUCUCCAUGCCACACACAAUUUUGCAAACUCGUCCCUCACUCGCCUUUUCCCUAAAUAAUGAUGAUGAUGAUGAUGGUGAUGAUGAUGAUGAUGAUGAUUUAUUUCUACCCCACCCAUCUGGCUAGGUUUCCUCAGCCACUCUGGGCAGCUUUCAACAGAACAUUAAAAACAGAAUAAAACAUCAAACUUUAAAAAACUCCUCUAAACAGGGCUGCCUUCAGAUGUCUUCUAAAUGUCAGAUAGUUAUUUAUCUCCUUGACAUCUGAUGGGAGGACGUUCCAGAGGGUGGGCACCACCACUGAGAAGGCCCUCUGCCUGGUUCCCUGUAACCUCACUUCUCGUAGGGAGGGAACUGCCAGAAGACCCUCAGUGCUGGACGAUAUACUAAAUGUGCCUUCUGUCCACCUAAAAGGUAAAGGGACCCCUGACCAUUAGGUCCAGUCACGGACGACUCUGGGAUUGCGGCGCUCGCUUUAUUGGCCGAGGGAGCCGGCGUACAGCUUCCGGGUCAUGUGGCCAGCAUGACUUAGCCGCUUCUGGUGAACCAGAGCAGCGCACGGAAACGCUAUUUACCUUCCUGCCAGAGUGGUACCUAUUUAUCUACUUGCACUUUGAUGUGUUUUCGAACUGCUAGGUUGGCAGGAGCUGGGACCGAGCAACGGGAGCUCACCCUGUCACGGGGAUUCAAACUGCCAACCUUUGAUCGGCAAGUCCUAGGCUCCGUGGUUUAACCCACAGCGCCACCCGCGUCCACCUAGCCCGGUAUUUUCCACAUUGUUUGGCCGCAGCUCUUACAGAGGUCUUGCCCAGCCUUGCCUAGAGAUGCUGGGGACUUGAACUUGGGACGUUCUGCGUGCGAAACACCCACCCCUUCGCCUACCCAGCUGCAGGAACCUAACACGGCUGUUCUGGCAGAAACAGUUAACGCUCCGCUCCAGCGCUGACCACAUUUCUUCUUUUGCUUGCUCUUGCUUCCCCCAGAGACAGGGGAAUCUUCCAGCAGUAAUUCCACACCAAACUGCUGUUGGCUAAGUGCGAGGCUGGAGCUGUGGGGGAAGACAUAUUCCAGCCAGAGGGAGCGCACCCCCCUUGCACCGUGGACGAAUCUCCUGAGCAGGCAGAGAGUGGGUAGGGGAGACUUAUUGGCUCCUGAGCCUGGGGGGUUCUGGGGUGCCCUCCUGUGGGACGCAGGCAUGGGACAUGUUUGUGUGCUUGUGUGGCUCCCGGCACUCGGAGAGCCAAGCUUGAUGAGUCAUUGCGGUUUGCUGGAGAGCAGCGCUUUGCUGAGAAGGAGCCAGGGCAUUUGGAGAGUUGAGAAGACAGCGCUGAGUUGUGGGCAGCCGGCCCUGGAUAGAGCUGGGCGUGUGUUGCUGUGCGUUGACAUGGCCUCCCUGCCCUGGCUGCAGAGCAAAAACAAAAAUUCGAGAGCAGUGGACGCUUAACACUUUAACCCUGGGGAAAGAGAACCACAAAACCCCUUUGCAAGGACAGUUGCGCCAUUAUUAUUAUUUUUUGAAAAGUUUUUAUUGUUAAAAUAAUUCAACAUUAAUACACACAUAUUGCGAAUAUACAAGCAUACAAACAUACAAUUCAUACAAUCCUUAAAAAUAUUCAAACAUACCUACAUUCAGUCCCACAGAUAAUUCCUUUUCCUAUCACCAUCCACCACCCCUCACCCCACCUUUGUGUUAGACUUCCAAUCUACUCAAUUGCAAUUUCUUUCCACUUCUAUUACUUUCUUUCACACACCUUUAACCUAAUUUCAUGCUUCUUUUUCUAUUACACAUUGUUAUCCAUCUUAUUUAGUAUUUCAGUAUUUAAAACAGAACUUGUUUAUUCUAAUAGGAGUUCUGAUUUUUCAAUAUGGUUUUGCAAGUAUCCUUUAAACACCUUCCAAUCCCCGUCUAUCUUCUCUUUUGAGAUCCUUCCAAUUUCUCCCAUUGUUUGUUAAUUGCAUUUGCAGAAGCAUAAAAUCAGAGUUGGAAGGGACCUCAGAGGUCAUCCAGCCCAGCCCGCUGCAAUGCACAAAUCUCAACUAUAGCGUCAAUGACAGAUGGCCAUCCAACUUCUGUUUAAAGUGCACUGUUGACUAACUCAGGGUUUCCCAAACCUAGGUCUCUAGCUGUUUUUGGACUACAAUUCCCAUCAUCCCUGACCACCGGUCCUGCUAGCUAGGGAUGAUGGGAGUUGUAGUCCAACAACACCUGGAAACCCAAGUUUUGGGAAACUCUGGACUAGCUCUUACAGUGGAGAGUCCUGCUUGAAACAGUUAAGGGCUGCUGCCAGCCAGGGCAGGAAGUACUAAGUUAUAUAGAGCAAUGGUCUCAGGAUAAACAGCUUCCUGUGUUCCUAGGUCCAGUUCCACUGCUUUUGGAAUUUGUGCAGCACUGAAUCUCUGCCUGAGGCGCUCCGAACCCACCUGCAAUGUGCUCUUUGCAGGAGCAAAAGCAGGAAGGAAGCAGAAACAUUUUCUUCCAGUUGGUCUUACUGCUGGGAACCUGUCGCCAUUUGGGGGCUAGGGAUUCACUGAUAUGUCCAGAAAAUUCAGGCCGCACAAUCCUAGUUUGUUUUGAGCUCUGCCGCAACAAACUCCACGUUCCCCAGGAGAUCAGACUUUUGGCGAAAAGGAAAGUGAUAAGGCACUUGCUUUGACCCGAAGUCAUGAAACUUGCUCACAAACAAACCAGAACGGGCGUGCGUUCAAUAGCCAGGCAACUAAUCUCCCUGCCAACGAAUCAGGGUGAAUGCUCAAUAAGCAGGCUGUUUGGCAGUGCCCUGUGGCAGAACAGUGGAGCCAGAACAACAUGUGUUUGCGGAAGUCAGUGUGAAGCAGAAAAACCCCCUUCUCUGCAUGGAAACCUCAGGAUCCUUGCUCCUUCCUUCCUUCCGUCCUAAACAGGACAUCCCUGUUCUGUUUAUGUUGUGAACAGGCUUGGUUAGGAGUCAGGCAUCCCUUUUUGGUUCCUCUUUUAAAAAACUAUUAUUAGGGAUAGUAUCAAAUCAGCGCUAGUGAACGAGCCUCCAGUUAGAUAGCAGGGGAUUCCCUUCCCUUUUUCUGUGUGUAAAGGUAAAGGGACUCCUGACCAUUAGGUCCAGUCAUGACCGACUCUGGGGUUGCGGCGCUCAUCUCGCUUUAUUGGCCGAGGGAGCCGGCACACAGCUUCCGGGUCAUGUGGCCAGCAUGACUAAGCUGCUUCUGGUGAACCAGAGCAGCGCACGGAAACGCCGUUUACCUUCCCGCCAGAGUGGUACCUAUUCAUCUACUUGCACUUUGAGGUGCUUUCGAACUGCUAGGUUGGCAGGAGCAGGGACCAGCAACGGGAGCUCACCCCGUAGCGGGGAUUAGAACAGCUGACCUUCUGAUCGGCAAGUCCUAGGCUCUGUGGUUUAGCCCACAGCGCCACCCAUGUCCCAGUUUCUGCGUGUACCUGGGCCGUAUUUAGGAUUGAUGAGGCCCUAAGCUCCUGAAGGUAAUGGGGCCCUUGAUAUGUCCAGCUGUCCUUUGUCAACAACAAAUUGUCGCUGCUUUUUGUGUUGAAUAUAUGCUGCAUGGUAAUUUAUGGACCUAAUAGGUCCAUAUACAACACAAAACACUGUUGCUGUAUGUAGGUUUUAUUUUAUUGUUUUUUUUGUUAUAUUUUGGAAAUGUACAUCCAGGUUUCUUUCCCUUUAGUUUUUUGGGGGGUCCCCAAGAGAGUGUGGCCCUCAGCUGUAUAUCUUGUUUAGCUUAUACAUAAAUCUGGCACUGGUGUGUACAUACACAAACACACCACAAGACUAGAGCCUACCCAGAUAUUUAGAAAGUUGAUGCAAGUUUUCAGUUUCUUGCUGUUUUAACUCUUCGGAAGACUUACGUUACUGUUGCUAACUUUUCUUAUUGGUUUUUUUGUUUUAUCUUCUUCGCAAACCGCUUUGAGGUUUUGUUUUUUUUAGCAGCCAAGUGGCGUAUAAAUCUUAUGGAAUAAAUAGAGCCAAACCAUUUGAGCCCCACAGGGCUUCCAUCUCUAGGAGCCUCCCUGGGCAGAGCAUUCCACAGGUGGGGGGCCACUGCAGAGAAGGCCCCGUUCUCGUGUUGCCACUUCCUGGACCUCUCACGGUGGAGGGACGCAAAGAAGGCCUGACAUGAUGAUUGCAGGGUCCAGGUCAAUUCAUGUGGUUGGUUCAUUAUUAUGGCAAUUAGUUGCAUUUGCAUCCCAUCUUUUCCUCCAAAGGAGCUCAAGGUGGCCCCACAAAAACCCUGAAAGGUAGGCUGAGAGAGGCAGUGUCACCAUCCCAAGGUCACCCAACGAGCUUCAUCACCAAGCCAGGAUUUGAACCCUGGCUUCCCAGGCCCUGCUCCAACGCUGCAACCACGCUGCCGCACUGACACGUGUGAUGUGGGAGCCAGUUUUAUGAUUUGAAGCAGUCACAGGGCUCUCUGAAUCAGAGCAGCGCCAAGGGGAGGAUGAAGAGGUCAACCCUUCCACCCACCCCCACCUUGCAAAACUGGUGUUCGCUCCGUGGGGGGUGGGGUAGGGUGGGGAGGGAAAUGCAGACAACAGCCUCUAAAGCCUCUCUGGUCCUAGGCCAACCCACUAGACUGCGCUCGGUUAUUUCACCUUCCGCAGAGCGAACCUGCCGGGCGAGUUCUCUCUGCCAGACCCAGCAAUUGACAGCUUCUGCAGACAGUGUUGAAACCUGUUCCGUGGCUUUAAACGCUUAAGCAAAGGAACAAACUUAUUACAAGCGUCGGCGCUCGGCCAAACGAUCGCCGAGGUGUUGCGGGGAACAGAUUCGCUGCAAAAACAGGAGAGGAAAGGAAAGCCUGGAUUCUGCUCUCGCUCUCUCUCACACACACAUGUGUGUUUGUGUGUGUCUUGUGAAGUGUGCAAAUUCCCUGGCAGGGAAAUAAACGGGUGGCCUGGCUUGAGCCUAGGUGGGGCGCUUCGUCGGAGAUACUUGCCGAACCAGUGUUUGCUUUGCAGAAAACCCGAACUGUAACCGCAGGAUCAAAGGCUUUGGCGCUGUUCGUGGUAAUGGGAAGGAGCCAUGUCAAGGCUUUGCAAAAAUGCCCUCUUAAUCCUCUAUCCGCCCAGCUACUCCUCAGUCAUGGACCCUAACUCAGAGGUAGAGCAGGUGCUUUUCAUGCAGAAGGUCUCAGCUUCCAUUGCUGGAAUCGCCAGGUAAGGCUGGCAAAUGUCCCCUGCCUGAAAUCUUAAAGAGCUUCUGCCAGCCUGUGUGGACAAUACUGAGCUAGAUGGGCUCAAUGGUGUGACUCAAUAUAAGGCAGCUAUGUUCAUGGAGAUAUAGAAUAUGGGGUGUUUUAAGGCGCACAGUAGGACGCGGGUGGCGCUGUGGGUUAAACCACAGAGCCUAGGACUUGCCGAUCAGAAGGUCGGCUGUUCGAAUCCCCGCGACGGGGUGAGCUCCUGUUGCUCGGUCCCUGCUCCUGCCAACCUAGCAGUUCGAAAGCACGUCAAAGUGCAAGUAGAUAAAUAGGUACCACUCUGGCGGGAAGGUAAACGGCGUUUCCGUGCGCUGCUCUGGUUCACCAGAAGUGGCUUAGUCAUGCUGGCCACAUGGCCUGGAAGCUGUAUGCCGGCUCCCUCGGCCAAUAAAGAGAGAUGAGCGCCGCAACCCCAGAGUCGGCCACUACUGGACCUAAUGGUCAGGGGUCCCUUUACCUUACUAAGGUGCACAGCGGGAAUCAGGGAUGCAUAAUAAUAAUAAUAAUAAUAAUAAUAAUAAUAAUAAUGAUGAUGAUGUAUACCCUGCCCAUCUGGCUGGGUUUCCCCAGCCCUUCUGGGCGGCUUCCAGCAAAAUAUUAAAAUACGAUAAUUCAUCAAAUAUUGAAAGCUUCCCCAAACAGGGCUGCCUUCAGAAACAUUAGUUUAGUUCUUUCUUUACAUUUUCUGCCUGAGUUGUGCUUCAAACUUCCGUGCAAGUGAGGAACGGGAAACUAGUAAGCAACUUCGACAUCAUCCUUCAGGGUUCACUUCCCCCCACCCAAUUGCCACUUAAAAUAUAUUUAUUUGCUCAGGCCUAUGGCACAGAGGUGCAGUGGAGUUUUUUAGCCAUUAAUUUCUUGAAGAGGCCUCUUAUCCAUCCUACAGGGGGUUGCAAGUGGUUGUGUGUGGGUGUGUGAAUCUGUCAAGUUAAGUUCCUCUCCGUUUCUCACUUUCCCAACCUUAAACUCGGUUCUCUACAGUUCCACAUCACUUGUGCAUUUCCAUUCUUGCUAAAAAGUCCACGUGAAAAUUCAUCGGUAUUUUAGUGCAAACCUCUCCUCAUAUACAGUACAGCUUUGUUUGCAAAUUUGCCUCUAUUGUUUUUUUUUUGCAAAGCAUUUUCCCGUAAAAUAAUGUAUUUUUUGCUUGUUCUUUUCACCAAUACAUGUGUUUUUUUUAAUGCACGCUUUCCCUUGGUUUUGUAUCCAUUCAUAUAUUGCAAAAUUCGGAGAAGCCUGCGUUUCGGUUGGAGUAUUGAUCUGGAAAGUGCGGAUGAAGUAGAUUUGCCUUUAAAUGCGAGUCAAAUUUCUUCCCAUCCCUAGUUACAACCGUAUAACCACAAGACCUUCAAAUCCAAUAAAACGAUUUAUAAGCAAACCAAAGAAUGUACCAUCAGACAACAAGGCUGGCCCCAACGGGGAGGGGAGGGGAAUCACACAAUUUUUAACUGUCCAAAAGCCAGUACAUCUUCGGCAAAGGAUGGAAACUGUAUAAUGAGGAUGGCUGAUGCAACUCUAUGGAGAGGAAGUUCCACAUUUUGGAAGCUGCUACGGUUUAAAUAGUUUUAACAGUCCAAGCCUGCUGCAUUGUUCUUGCCGUCUUAAGGCUGACUGUAUUUAUUUACUUGUUAUUAUUUGCCUUGGGAGCCUCCUUGAAGAGGGGUAGGAUACCAUAAUAAUAAUAUUCAUGACAAUAACAACAAUUAAUAAUAUCAUCCCUUCCCUCAACGUAUCCUUCAAUAUUUGGGUUCCUGGAAUCUUUUUUUUUUAAAGUUUUUUUAAUUAACAAUUUCAACAUAUCAAAACAUAUCAUAUUUAUUAUUUCCUUCCCUCAGCUCCUCUCUCUGAUUUUUCAACACAUAUAAUUCUCUGCAUACUGUGAAAUUAUAUAAAUCCUUAUAUUAUCUAUCUGCUAUGUUGACAAAUCAAUAAAUUUGUGUAUGUUUAUUCGAAACCUGCCAAGGAGUCGAAUUCAUUUUGUUGUCUUUUUAAGUAAAUUGUAAAAAGUUCCCGUUCUUCUUUCAAGUCACAGUUGUCCUUAUCUUGCAGUUUAUAUGUCAGUUUAGCCAAUUUGGCAUAGUUCAUCAAUUUCUCGUGCCACUUUUCCUUUGUCAGGGUUUCCUCAUUCUUCCAUCCUUGUGCUAUCAAGACUCUUGCUGCUGCUGCUGCUGCUGCUGCUGUUGUUUAGUCAUUUAGCCGUGUCCGCCUGGACCAGAGCACGCCUGGCACUCCUGUCUUCCACUGCCUCCCGCAGUUGGGUCAAACUCAUGCUGGUAGCUUCCAGAACACUGUCCCACCAUCUCGUCCUCUGUCACCCCCUUCUCCUUGUGCCCUCCAUCUUCCCCAACAUCAGGGUCUUUUCCAGGGAGUCUUCUCUUCUCAUGAGGUGGCCAAAGUCUUGGAGCCUCAGCUUCAGGAUCUGUCCUUCCAGUGAGCACUCAGGGCUGAUUUCCUUCAGAAUCGAUAGAUCUUCUUGCAGGCCAUGGGACUCUCCAGAGUCUCCUCCAGCACCAGAAUUCAAAAGCAUCCAUUCUUCGGCGAUCAGCCUUCUUGAUGGUCCUGCUCUCACUUCCAUACAUCUCUACUGGAAAAACCAAAGCUUUAACUAUACGGACCUUUGUUGGCAAGGUGAUGUCUCGGCUUUUUAAGAUGCUGUCUAGGUUUGUCAUUGCUUUUCUGCCAAGAAGCACGCAUCUUUUAAUUUCGUGGCUGCUGUCACCAUCUGCAGUGAUCAUGGAGCCCAAGAAAGUAAAAUCUCUCACUGCCUCCAUUUCUUCCCCUUCUAUUUGCCAGGAAGUGAUGGGCGCUGUUGUAGCAUACAUGAAUAAAUUCUUUAUUUUCCUUGGCGGGCCUUGUCCUACAAUCCCUUACAGAAAUGCUUCUGUUUUUUCUAACAAAUGUCAUUUUAAACAUUUUCUUCGAUUCAUUAUAUAUCAUUUCCCAAAUUUUUUUAAAUUGCUGCAGCCCCCGGAGGGGGGAACAGGUGGGGGUGUGGCUGGCACGCGUCCUGGGGGUGUGGUGCGUCGCCCGGGGGUGUGGUGUGUGGCGUAGCACAGCGCAGGAGCGCAGCACGCAUCCUGGGAAGCGGCCGUGAUGGCAUCCUUUCCCCAAAUGGCACCCGGUGCGGUGCGCUCACUCGCCUCCCCCCUCCGAACACCAGUGCCUGGAAUGUGCACCAGUAAAUGACACUGGCCAGUAAAUGGCACAUGUUUGGGUUUAAAUUUCCAGUUUGCCAUGAUCCCUACUGCAUUAGCUUUCUUGCUGGGAGCUUAUUACCGUAUUUUUCGCUCUAUAAGACGCACCAGACCACAAGACGCACCUUGUUUUUGGAGGAGGAAAACAAGAAAAAAAAUAUUCUGAAUCUCAGAAGCCAGAACAGCAAGAGGGAUCGCUGCGCAGUGAAAGCAGCAACCCCUCUUCCUGUUCUGGCUUCUGUGAUAGCUGCACAGCCUGCAUUCGCUCCAUAAGACGCACACACAUUUCCCCUUACUUUUUAGGAGGGAAAAAGUGAGUCUUAUAGAGCAAAAAAUACAGUAUUUAAGGGAGCAUUUGUUGAUGAUGUGCAUUUUUUUUUUAAAAAAUGAGUUAUAUUCUCCCUCCCAAAAAAAGCACUCAAAGCAACAUAUAAUUAAAUGCAUAUCUUUCCCACUUCUAAAGAAAAUAGAAUAGAAGUAUUUAAUGACUAUAUUUAGUUAAAUAUGUUAAGUUAAAUUAAUUGGGGAAAGCUUGCAAUCAAUAGGCUUAGGACUUAAAUAAGUAAUGUGAUGAAUUAUCAUGUUUAAUGCGGAAUUGGGAGGAAAAAGAGAUGUUAAGUGAUUAAGUUAAGAUUAGAAGAACUUUGAAUUGGAAAACCGUUAAAAUGAUAUGCAUUGAAAUUCAACUAGGGGGAUACAAGGAAGUCACUUAACAAUGUUAAGAAGAAUAGUUUUAAUAAGGUUAUGAUUUCUGUUUGUCUGUUUAUUUGUUCGUGUGUUUUUAAUUUUGUGAAAACCAAUAAAAUUUUUGAGAAAAAAGAAAAUAGAAGUGAAGUGUGGGGGGAGUACCUGCAGGAUCAGAUAUGUCAGAUAUGCACGGACCUCCUCAAUAUAAAUUUUUUUUUAGCGAUAACAAAUGGGAUCCUCUUGACCCUAGUGGACAAUUUCAAACAAUAUGAAAGAGCAUCAGACCACAAAAUGAACAAACCCUCUGGUCCAGGUGCUAUAAAUCACACAUUACAUACCAACAAAUCACGGGGGGGGGGGGGGAAUCAGAGCCCCAGAAGAAGAAAAGCAAAAACAUUAAAAAUUUAAGGAUGUCCAGGAUAAUUCACCACACCUGUAAAGAAGCAGUGGCAGAAACUUUUUAAUCUAUUAUCCUCUCCUGCCACAACUGGAACAAAGAAAGCCAACUGAUGAUGUAUUAAUGCAUCUCAUUAUCUGCAGGUAGUCAUCAGGCAGAGAGGCAAACGAAUGGUUUCGCUGCAGACUUCGAGCGCAGAAACGCCAGCUCCCCAAAAGAAAUGCGGGCAAACCACCCAAACCACCAAACUCUGGAGAAGACCGGAAAGUCGGAUCCGCACCACCUGGGAGCCUCGGGACCAUCAGGAGCUUCGUGCGCGAAAGCAACUUCCCCGAGCUCGUUGCAGUUCAGGAAACUCCCGAUGACCCCAAAGGAGGCCCGUGUAUCUGAAGCGCAGCCCCUGAAUGGGAACAUCGACAACCAAGUUUACGAAAGCAUCGAGGAUGGAGAAAGGGCAUUAUAUACCAGGGACCGGUUGGAAAGAAGGCAGGGCUCUGACUUGACAAUCAUUAGCAGCAGAGGUUGUGGCGCAACCCCAGGGGACCCGCUUGCAGGAUCCGCCGAAUCGCGCAGGAGGGACACGAGGACUAUAGGGUCCAGUGGGGUGCCAAUGCAGCCACCUACAGCCUCGCAGGGCAGCGAGUCCCUGGGCCAGGUGCCGGGCCCGACACCCGAGGGAGCGGCCCCCAUCCAGACCAGCUAUGACAUGGAGAAAAGGCUGAGCGCCAUGUAUGCCAAAGUGUGCAAGAGGCCCAAGCCAGCGCAGGAGUGGCAGCCAGCAAAACACCCCCAGGCCCCCAAACAGGAAGAGGAAGAGCCGCCCCCCAUCCCAGAGAAGCACUUUGAGAACAUCUACGAGACCUUGAGCCUCGAUGCUGAGAUGCAGGUAGGCUGCCUUGUGGGAUCAGGCCCCGUUACACCCAAGGGUCUCUUGCAUGUGUGAAUAGGUCAUCGCAGGUAAUAUGGCUGCACACAUCAUCCAUAGGUCAUAUCCAAUGUACUGGUAUGUUGUUGUUGUUGUUGUUUAUUUAUUUGUUUAUUUGUUUAUUUAUUUAUUUAUUUAUACCCUGCCCAUCAUUAGCCCACUCCUCCUCCAUGAAUUUGUCCAAUCCUCUUUUAAAGCCAUCCCGGCUGGUGGCCCACACUGUCUCCUGUGGCAGUGAGUUCCACAGUUUAACUACCUGCUGUGCAAAUAAGGACUUUCUUUUACCUGUCCUGAAUCUUCCAGCCUUCAAUCUUGUUGGAUAGCUAUGAGUUCCAGUGUUAUGGCAGAAGGAGAAAAACUGUUCUCUCCCUUCUCUCUCCAUGCCAAACACAGUUUUGCAAACUCGCCUUUUCCCUAAAUAAUAAUGGUGAUGAUGAUAAUUUCUUUCUACCCUGCCCAUCUGGCUAGGUUUCCUCAGCCACUCUGGGUGGCUCCCAACAGAAUAUUAAAAACACAAUAAAACAUCAAACAUUAAAAACUUCCCUAAACAGGGCUGCCUUCAGAUGUCUCCUAAAAGUCAGGUAGUUUUUUAUUUCCUUGACAUCUGAUGGGAGGGCGUUCCACAGGGCGGGCGCCACCACCGAGAAGGCCCUCUGCAGUGUAUUUGUUCUGCUGGCGUUAUAUUAUGUUUUCUUUUUAUUUAUAUGCCGCCUUUCGGCCAAUAAGGACGCCUCAAGGCAAUUCACAAGCAAUACAGGCACCAAUGCAAAAUGAGACGAUAAAAACCAAACGAAAUCUUCGCGCUUCGAAAGUAUUCGAAUAAAUCCAUUGGAACAUCCAUGCUGAUGUUUAAGAGUGCUGCUCUAAAAUGUGAUUUUUUUAAUUGUUUAGUUUUUUAUUUGUGGUGUUCUUAGGAUGGUAAGAAACCACUUGGAGACUGCAUAUGUGGAUCAGGGAAUCUGAUCCCUCUCACGGUGUCAGCCAAGAAGUAGAUAAACAAGAAGAGUUCUUACCAAGUAAUAAUAAUAAUAAUAAUAAUAAUAAUAAUAAUAAUAAUAAUUUCUUAUUUAUAAACCACCCAUCUGGCUGAACUUCUCCAGUACUUUAUUCCAUAUUCACAGAGAAAGACGAAGGAAUGCCGUGUCUCGGAUAAUGGCACCCUCUCCGUCUCUCCUAUUCUACGUCAUCCCUGCGCUGACUGAUCUGUGCCUUCUGCCUCUGAGCUUUCUGUUCUCCUACUUUCAAUGCCUGCCAAGUUCUGGGAGAAGAGGGGUCUGGAUCGCUUUCCAAAGACACUGAGUCUGCCAGCUUCUUCCUCCUCCUGCCCCUCUCCCAAUAUUUCCCAGCUUCUCCCCUCUGCAGCCUCUGAGCUUUGACCUUCUGCAAACCGCCGUUCUAAAUCUAUACCGUCUCCCCUCCUCAGUCCAGUCCCUGAUAAUAUAAAGGAAUAUACAGACCACCUAAAUAAAUAAAACAAAUAAGGGCGCUUGUCGUGGGAUAAUGCCCCUGAACUCAUUUCAACCUCUGAUUUGAUUGAUACUCUGUGCGUGAUUCAGAGGCUGAGAAAGCCUUGCCACCUUCCGCUGCAGUGAAGGAGCUCCUGACUCAUCUGUCUUUCAUCUUGGAAUUAAAUGAUUACGGAAACAGUAUGGAUUGUUAUCACUGCAGGGCAGAGCUCACGGAUUCAUAGAAAACAGCAAAUAAUGGGUAGUCUUACUUAUUUGGCGAAUCUUUUUUUAAUGCCCUGCCCUUUUUCUUUAUCAUAUGAAUGUAGAUUAAAAGUGGCUUAGGAAAAAUAGUGAACUAUUUCUAACGCAAUUAUAAAAACAACAACAAGUUAUAACAAGUUAGGAUAAAAACCCUUUAGGCAGCUGAAAUGAUUUCCGUUCCUAUGGGCGGCUUGCCCCAGGCACCCGAGUGGCAUCCUCCGCUGCUGACCAAGAGUAGUAAUAAUAAUAUAAUAAUAAUUUAUUAUUUAUUCCCUGCCCAUCUGGCUGAGUUUCCCCAGCCACUCUGGGCGGCUCCCAAUCAAGUGUUAAAAACAAUACAGCAAUAAAUAUUAAAAACUUCCCUAAACAGGGCUGCCUUCAGAUGUCUUUUAAUGAUAAGAUAGCUGCUUAUUUCCUUCACAUCUGAAGGGAGGGCAUUCCACAGGGCGGGCGCCACCACCGAGAAGUCCCUCUGUCUGAUUCCCUGUAACCUGACUUCGCGCAAUGAGGGAACCGCCAGAAGGCCCUCGGUGCUGGAUCUCAGUGUCCGGACGAUGGGGGUGGAGACGCUACUUCAGGUAUACAGGACUGAGGCCAUUUAGGGCUUUAAAGGUCAGCACCAACACUUUGAAUUGUGCUCGGAAACGUACUGGGAGCCAAUGUAGGUCUUUCAGGACCAGUGUUAUGUGGUUCCGGCGGCCGCUCCCAGUCACCAGUCUAGCUGCUGCAUUCUGGAUUAAUUGCAGUUUCCGGGUCACCUUCAAAGGUAGUGUGCAAUCCACACUAGAUUUCAUCUUGCUUGAGCUGGUACCACCCCUCCCAGGGCACACAUAGCAUGGGGUAUGAAAUAUACUCAGAGUUGGGAGUGGAUUUCAUGCUCUUUAUUCAUCUCAUAGUGGUGAGGAGGAAUGGAAGUUCCCCCAGAAUGUCUGCUUUAUAUACAUUAUUUACACAAUGGGCCCCAUGUGAUUGGCUAAUUCUGGGAUUCACCUGUAGGCCAAUCAGGUUGCGGAUUCACUUCCACCUGGAGCUGGAUUGGGUGGCUCCUGUGGACCAAUCAGACUGCUGCAUUCUGGACCCUAUUGUUCUAGGACCAAUCAGACUGCUGCCUUUUGGAUCCUAUUCAACUCAGUACAUAACAGGGUGCAACCCUGUAUCACCUCCGUUGAUAACGCCAUGCCAUGUCACAUGACACUGCAAACAGAAAUGGGGGUGGGAAUUUGAUGUUCACGAGGAGGGAUGGAGGAGAAAGUUCGCACGGUAAGUUCUCACGGUUUGUAUCUCAACGAGAACAGACCAAAUUUGCACUUCCUGAAACAAUAUGCAGACGAUACGUUUUGGCAACGCGUAAGAUAUCAUAGAGUAGUAGAGUUCUAAGGGGUCCCCAGGUUCAUCUAGUCCAACCCCCUGCAAUGCAGGAAUCUCAACCAAAUAUUAUAACCAAAUUUUGCAUGGUGGUUCCUGAGACCAGGGAGCAGAUUCCUUCUGGGUUUGCAUACAACUGAGCACCAUUUGGAAUCAAGACAUUGGACUGAACUGUAUAGAACUGCAUUGGUUUUAACAAAAUGUAAAAUACUGGAAAUGUAAGGUAUCGGUCCAGUAUACCUGAAGGAGCGUCUCCACCCACAUCGUUCUGCCCGGAUGCUGAGGUCCAGCUCUGAGGGCCUUCUGGCAUCUUUAGCUGUGAGAAGCCAAGUUACAGGGAACCAGGCAGAUGGCCUUCUCGGUGGUGGCACCCGCCCUGUGGAACACCUUCCCACCAGAUGUCAAAGAGAACAACAGCUACCAAACUUUUAGAAGACAUCUGAAGGCAGCCCUGUUUAGGGAAGCUUUUAAUGUUUAAUAGACUAUUGUAUUUUAAUAUUCUGGUGGGAGGCUCCCAGAGUGGCUGGGGAAACUCAGCCAGAUGGGCGGGGUAUAAAUAAUAUAUUAUUAUUAUUAUUAUUAUUAUUAUUAUUAUUAUUAUUAUAUUGGCAGCAAAUGUUUUCAUUAUCAUUCCUGAGAUCAAACGCCAGGUUUUCCAAAAAGGCUGAACAUUUCAAAACUACAUGGAUUUCAACCACGGAUUUCAAAAAUAUACUGAUUUGGGGAGGGGCGGUUCUUAGAAUUCCUGAGCAACGCUGGGCACUCUCUACUACUAUUUUGAUUAUCAUUAUCAUCAUUAUUAACUACCUGCCUGUCAUCCUAAGGUCCCAGGGUAGGUUACAGCAUUAAAACACAGCAUUAAAAACAGUUUCCAACAACUAACGAGCGUAAAAAGAAGGCGGAUCCUAAAAACAUACACUUCAAGUGUCAAAAGAGGAACGUCUCCAUCAUAAGCGGCAUAAGGAAGGUGCCAGACACAACUUCCGCAGCUUGGGGCCACCACAGAAAAGGCCCUCUGCCAGGAGGCCCUGCUCUGAGUCUCUGAAGAAUUACUAAGAGGGCGCCAUCUCAGCAGGCAGAAAGGGUCUGUAGGGGAGAGGUGGUCUUUCAGAUACAUGCAUGUUCAUUUGGAAGGAAUGACAUACCGUAUUUUUCGCUCCAUAAGACACACUUUUUUCCUCCUAAAAAGUAAGGGGAAAUGUCUGUGCGUCUUAUGGAGCGAAUGCGUGGUCCCUGGAGCCGAAUUGCCCAGGGGCAAAAAGCAGAUCAUGCUCUCUUUUUUUGAAAGAGGGAAGGGAGUGUUGAAAGGAAGCCGCUGAUCAUUUGCCGAUGGGGAGAGAGAUAAGGGAUGCUAGCAAUAAAGGAGGCUGCCUGGGAGGGGGGAGGUAAAGACAGCAAACUUGCAAGGAGAGGAGACAGGAAGACUAAAUCAAUGAGGAGAAAAAUUAAAAGAAAAGGAGGAGCGAAAAACUGCUCCAGCUAAGGAAAAGACACUAAGGCAAACAAGAGGGAAGGGAGUGUUGAAAGGAAGCAGCUGAUCGGUGGGAUCGGGAGCGAGAUAAGGGACGCUAGUGAUAAAGGAGGCUGCCUGGGAGGGGAGAGGUAAAAGCCCAUGGAUCCUCAGGAUUUUUGCAUUGGGUCACCCCAAAUUCACCAUCAGAUCACAUAGCAUGUCCAUGGCUACAGCCUGCACCAAAAAAAUCAUGCACCCACUGUUUCGUGGGGCCGCAAUGGUGCAAAAACGUGGUUACAAAGCACGGAUCCACAUGGAUUCUCGGGGUUUUUGCAUUGGGUCACCCCAAACUCACUGUCAAAUCACAUGUCUGUGGCCACAGCAUAAACCACAAAAAUCAUACAUCCAUUGUUUUGUUCAGAAUAUUUUUUCCCUUGUUUUCCUCCUCUAAAAACGAGGUGUGUCUUAUGGAGCGAAAAAUACGGUAAACCCUCAGGCUUUGCUUUCCUCUUUCCCCUUCUUUCUCUCUUUCCACAGGGAGGCGAGACACCGGGUGCCAUCGCGCCAGCGGAGGUAUGAACCGAGGUCGGGGUGACGGAAGAGCAGAGGCAAGACUCUGGAAAAGACUGGAGACACACAUGCCCCCAGAGCUGUCAAGGCUCCUUCCAGGCCCCUCGGACGGAGGGCAGGUGGAAAGGAUUUUGGGACCCAGAAAGCAUUUCAGGAGUUGGGUUCUCCUCUGCCCCAGGAGACAUUUUCCACGGGACCUGAAGGGUGGAGGGCUUUGGAUGGUGGUGGUGUUCUGUCGUAGGGUGCGGGGGUUGUGGUGGUCCGUGGGUCUUCCAAGAGUCGCACAGGAGCUUGUUGUCACAUGGAACAAUAGACUCGGGUGCAAAACAAGCACAGCUGCAUCCUUUUUAUUUAUACCCUGCGUUUUCCACAAGCAUGUCGGUGAUUGCAAUUGUUUAUAAUAAAGCUUUUUAAUAUCGCUAGAGCACAACACUAAAUAUAAUAAUAAUGCAAUGAUUAAAAGUUAACUCUACAUUUAUUUUUUAUUUAUUUCAUAAAAUUUAUGCACCGCCUGAUUGUAAAAACAAGCAAACAAAAAAACCUCAAAGCAGUUUACGAAGAGAAUAAACCAAUAAAAUUAUCAGUUGGAAACCAC